AUGUCUCUCACCGCGCGUGAACGCCGCAACCCGCCAACUCGGCGGAAAUCCUGCGCCGCCUGUACAAAGGCCAAGCGGCGUUGUGACUUUGCCAUACCAGCAUGUCUUCGAUGUUCACAAAGACGUAUCCACUGCCAGUACCCGAGCCGAGUGAUGAGAGAGCAGUUUUCUUCAUCAGAAGCAUCAGUGGCCGUGUCUCCUGACUAUCUUACCACUGAUGACUCGUCUCCUCAACUGGCAGAGAGUCUUCCAAGCGAUACACCAAUAAUUGAAGAUUUCAAUGCAGUCAUUUCGGGACUUGAUGCAUGCUCUGAAGAUCUUGGGGUAUUGGAAUUUCCAUUGGAAGACAAUACCUUGAAAUUUGUUGAACAGCCAUGGACAUUGACUGCGCCUUCAACACAAGACUUUUCGCAUGUUCCACAACGCAUUUUGAACCGUCUCCAAUGGGCGACAGAUGAAAUAAAGCGAGCUCCCGAAAAGAUGGUUCUUGAGAACCAAACCCCUUGGUCCCAUCCAUUGCUUUACAAAGAUGGAAUGCCUCGAUCGUUACAGGAUGCUCAUUCUUCUUGUGCUCUGUAUAUGGCCAAGAAUAGUGUAAACUCCCCGAUCAUAUUUCGUAGUAUAGAAUCCCGCGUCAACGACCUCCUCGCAGCACCGGCGCCAAUAACACCCUUGGAAUGUCUGGCGCAUACGCAUGCUCUUAUCCUCUACCAAAUCAUUCGAUUAUACGAUGGCGACAUCGGGGCUCGCGCAUCAGCGGAGCGUAUCAUCCCAGCUAUAGAAGCUUCCGCAGUAUCGUUGUUCUCUUAUGCACAGUUCGACAUAGACGCGACAGCCAUAGCGCUUCCUACAUAUCCAAUAGCACCAACCAAGUCGUUUUGGCAAGACUGGAUUCUGCAGGAGUCUCUGCGCCGCACACUGCUAUUUUCUUUCUUUUUUGUCCAGGCAUAUCGCAUAAUGUCUGGCUGCAAAAUAAUGCAAUGCGAUGGCAGGCUUGGUUUGUGCCACGCCUGGACGUUGUCGGCGCAUUUGUGGGAUGCGACGACGCCGCUGAGUUUUGCUGAAGCUUGGAGGGACAAGAACCAUUAUGUGGUAACGAACGCCAUAUUUUCAGAAGUGCUUGCCGAGGCCCAAGCGGAUGAUAUUGAUGUAUUUGGUAAGAUUAUGAUCUCAAGUCUCAUGGGGCGAGAUGAGGCUGAAGGAUGGUUUGCGAGGAGAGGAGGAAAGUUGUAG